CAAACAAAACCAUCAGUGGCGCCAAAACUGUAAAAGCAACCAUGUCCACAACCCCUCUAUUCACCACCCCAUCACCAUCAGCUCCACCACCAGCCACCACAAAACACCUCCUUCCCCCACCAGACAAACUCGCUCUCCUUAUCACCAACUCAAAAUCCACCAAACAACUCCUCAAACUCCAUGCGGCUCUAUAUCGUCACAACCUCCAUCAACACCCUAUCCUCAACUUUCAUCUCCUCCGCUCCUACUCCUCCCUCAAUCGCGUCCACUACUCCAUCACUCUUUUUAACCAAACCUCUAACCCCAAUAUCUUCCUCUACACUGCCAUUAUUCAUAGCCUUGCACAACACAAUCUCCAUCAACAAGCACUCCUCUAUUACUCUCAAUUGUUAGCUGAUAGUCUCCAACCAAAUGCAUUCACCUUCUCAUCUAUAUUAAAAUCUUGUCCGUUAAAACCCGGAAAAUCCCUUCACUCACAAACAAUAAAAUUUGGGUUCGAUGAGAAUUUGUACGUGAGGACAUGUCUAGUGGAUGUCUACGCAAGAGGGGGUGACAUUUUGUCCGCGAAGAAACUGUUUGAUACUAUGCCUGAAAAGAAUUUGGUUUCUUCAACAGCCAUGGUAACAUGUUAUGCGAAACAAGGGCAAAUUGCUGCUGCAAGAGAGUUGUUUGAUGAGAUGCAAGAGAAGGAUGUUGUUUGUUGGAAUGUCAUGAUUGAUGGGUAUACACAACAGGCGUUUCCUAAUGAGGCAUUGGUGUUGUUUAGGCGAAUGUUGAAAGCGAAAGUGAGGCCUAAUGAAGUGACUGCAUUGGCUGUGUUGUCUGCUUGUGGGCAGAUUGGUGCCCUAGAGUCUGGCAGGUGGAUUCAUUCGUAUAUUGAGAAUGUUGGGGUUAAGGUUAAUGCUCAAGUCGGUACUGCUUUGAUUGAUAUGUAUAGUAAGUGUGGUAGUUUGGAGGACGCAUGUUUGGUUUUUGGUAGGCUUAAUGACAAGGAUGUUGUUGCUUGGAAUUCGAUGAUAGUAGGGUAUGCAAUGCAUGGAUUUACCAUAGAUGCUUUCCGAUUGUUUAAUGAAAUGGUUCGGAUUGGAUUAAAGCCUACUGAUAUAACCUUUAUUGGAAUUUUGAGUGCUUGUGCUCACGCUGGUUUGGUUGAUGAGGGGUGGAGGUUUUUCAACUCUAUGAAAGAUGAGCAUGCAAUUGAACCGAAGGUUGAGCAUUAUGGAUGUAUGGUAAAUCUUCUUGGCCGUUCUGGGCAGUUAGAAGAAGCAUACAAGCUCGUCAAAAACAUGAAUAUUGAACCUGAUUCUGUGUUGUGGGGAACUUUACUUGGAGCUUGCAGGCUUCAUGGAAACAUUUAUUUGGGAGAGAAAAUUGCAGAAUAUCUUGUUAGUCAGAAUCUUGCGAAUUCAGGGACUUACAUUCUUCUUUCUAACAUAUAUGCUGCAAAAGGUAAUUGGGAUGGAGUGGCCACGGUGAGGACCUUGAUGAAAGAAAGUGGGGUGCAGAAAGAACCUGGCAGUAGUUCAAUUGAAGUAAAUAACAAAGUACAUGAGUUUCUUGCUGUAGAUUUAAGACACCCAAAGAGCAAAGAAAUCUAUAUGAUGUUGGACGAGAUCAAUGGUUGGCUCAAGGCUGAGGGUUACGCUCCAAAGACGGAUAUUGUCUUACAUGAUAUUGAAGAAGAGCAAAAAGAGCAAUCCCUUGAAGUCCACAGUGAAAAACUUGCUAUUGCUUUUGGACUUAUUAGUACUCAACCAGGGACAACAGUAAAAAUUGUGAAGAACCUACGGGUUUGUUUAGACUGCCAUGCUGUGACCAAGCUGAUUUCAAAGAUCACUGGACGCAAGUUCCUGAUGAGAGAUCGAAAUCGAUUCCACCACUUUGUUAAUGGUUCAUGUUCGUGUGGUGAUUACUGA